UAUUCCGCCGUGCGCCAUCUUGUACACCCCCCAGCGCGAGUGGAGAAGGUUGUGGAAGUUGUUGAAUUUCAUGUUUCUUAAUAUAUUUACAAGCCUAAUUUAAUUUGAUACAACUUUAAUUUGAAACAGAGCACAUUUGGAAAUGGCUACGGGAGCAAAUGCAACCCCUCUGGGGAAGCUGCACCCGAGUAUUGGCGCUAAACGAGGCUUUGAAGCCGGGCCCGGUGCGGGGUUAAUGCCUACACCGGGGCCGCCUGUUUCCUUUCCCUCGCUCCCGAACUUUCAGCCCCCAAUUCCAAACGUCUCUUUCCCGCAAGCUCACCCAGUAUUUGCUGCGGUGGCCGCUUUUCCCACCCCGCCACAACCACCCCAAGGAGCAGGAAUUCCGUCUCAGUCAGACUUCGGUCAGAAAAAAGCCAGGAAAAGGAGCCGCUGGAGUAGCGAGACACCCGACCAGAAGACGGUCAUUCCUGGCAUGCCCACCGUCAUCCCGCCUGGACUGACUCGGGAUCAGGAGAGGGCCUAUAUAGUCCAACUGCAGAUCGAAGACCUGACUCGUAAACUGCGUACAGGAGACCUGGGAAUCCCUGUUAACCCUGAGGACAGGUCCCCGUCUCCAGAGCCCAUCUACAACAGCGAGGGGAAGAGGCUGAAUACCAGGGAGUACCGCACACGCAAAAAGAUCGAGGAGGAGCGUCACUCCCUCAUCACCGAUAUGGUGGCACUCAACCCUGAGUUCAAGCCCCCCGCUGACUACAAGCCCCCAGCUACUAGGGUCAACGACAAGGUGAUGAUCCCACAGGACGAGUACCCCGAGAUUAACUUUGUUGGGUUGCUCAUUGGGCCACGUGGCAACACCCUGAAGAACAUAGAGAAGGAGUGCUGUGCCAAGAUCAUGAUCCGUGGCAAGGGCUCGGUGAAGGAGGGCAAGGUGGGCCGUAAGGACGGUCAGAUGCUGCCGGGGGAGGACGAGCCGCUGCACGCCCUGGUCACCGCCAACACCAUGGAGAACGUCAAGAAGGCGGUGGAACAGAUCCGUACCAUCCUGAAGCAGGGUAUCGAGACCCCCGAGGACCAGAACGACCUCAGGAAGAUGCAGCUGAGGGAAUUGGCCAGACUCAACGGCACCCUGAGAGAGGACGACAACCGGAUCCUUCGUCCGUGGCAGAGCACUGAACCCCGCAGUGUCACCAAUACCACCCUCUGUACCAAGUGCGGUGGCGCAGGCCACAUCUCCUCUGACUGCAAGUUCACCAGCUCCUUUGCGGCGCCCAGGGCCGGUGAGCCUCCCCAGUCUGCCCAGGACAAGGCCCGUAUGGACAAGGAGUAUCUGUCCCUCAUGGCUGAGCUAGGCGAGGCCCCUGUUCCCUCCUCUGGCGGGGGACACUCCAACAACCAGAACAGUGGUCACAACAGAGGCAACAACAACAACCAGCCACCACCGAGCCGUCCUCCCUGGAUGAACUCUGGCCAGUCUGAGAACAGGAACUUCAACAGCAUGCACGGAGGCCACGGUGGUCAUGGCAACCAACACGGGGGUCAUGGCAACCACGGGGGUCACGGAGGUCACGGAGGCCACCACAACUUCCCACCCCCCAUGUCCAACAUGGGAGGGCACAACAUGCCCCCCAACAAUGGAAUGCCACCCCCGUGGAUGCAGCCCCCACCGCCCCCCAUGGGCCAGGGACACGGACACCAUAUGGGUCUGCUGCCACCACCCAUGGGUAUGAUGCCACCACCACCUCCGCCCCCCAACAACCAGCCUCCCCCGCCACCUUCAGGUCCCCUGCCACCAUGGCAACAGCAGGCCCCCCCACCCCCUCCCGCCAGCAGCAUGGCCACUAGUGCACCACUGCCAUGGCAACAGAAUACCACCACGACAUCCAGUCCUGGCUCUGGCAACCUUCCCCCCUGGCAGCAGCCCCAACAGUCCGCUGCCUCAGCCACCCAGCCCCCUCCGCCCAUGGGCAACCCCUCCAUGGUCCCCCCUCCGCCCGGGGUGCAGCCCCCUCUCCCCCCCGGUGCCCCACCUCCCCCUCCUCCCCCACCCCCCGGCUCGGCCGGCAUGAUGUACGCCCCUCCUCCCCCUCCGCCCAUGGACCCCUCCAACUUUGUCACCAUGAUGGGGAUGGGGGUGGCAGGCAUGCCCCCCUUCGGUAUGCCCCCCGCACCACCACCUCCACCCCCUCAGAAUUAAACACCCUCUGUAACCUCCCCAGGUUCCUCAGUCUCAACCACACAGCCCUCCCAGAUUUUACUCAGCACCAUGGACUCGCAGCACACCACACAACCAGCUACCCAAUGGACUGAUACACAGCUCUGCCCAGGGCAUAUAGUUUUUGUUCAGUAAAAUGACAUGACCUGUGCUAUACUCCCUUAAUCACAGUCAUGGUUAACGUGCAGAGAAACUCCUCAAACAAGGGAGGUGGUGUGGUUGAAUUUGUACAUUUUCUUUACAGAAUUUCUGUUUUUAAAAGUUAGUGUUUUUGUUGACUGUGUAGGCUCUCUUGUGUCCAUCCAACACUGCUGCUGUGCAUAGAGUAUAUGGUAUGCCUUGUAUCUAUUUUGCAGGGCUUACUCCCUCCAUGGUUGGUUUAUAACUGUCUCACCAUCUCUCACACCAAAUAAAUCACCUCAAACAAAAGCUUUGGUUUGCCGACUGGACUGGAGCUGAAGCUUAGUAACUAUUUGUUUUCAUUUACGUGAUCUUUUACUGUUCUGAUGAUCCAGCCAGUUUAGUAGGCAUGGCAGUCCAAUGGGCUCAAGCUUCAUUCAUCGUCAUGUUCCAUUCAUUUGCUGUCGUUUCACAGCGCUGGAUAUUUUUGUAAUUAAACCUGAUGUGAAGUGUAAUUGCUCAGAUCUUUUGGAUGUGAGAAUCUCCUUCCUAAUUAUUUUGUCAGAAAAACGGGUCUUUUGUAAUACUGUCUGAUUUCAUAUAGGUUUUGGGUUCUAUCAAUUUGUUUGCAUAAUUUCUAAUCCCCUAUAAUUUUAUUUUGUAUUUUUUUUUUUUUAACCCUGUAAACUGUUUCUAAUGAACUUUUUCCCCAGAUGCGAGUUAAUUUAGGUCCAUGAGGAUGCAGCAGGGAAUAGGAUCCUAGAGCGAGUUGGCUUAAAAGAUACACUGAACAACUUCUGAUUCUGAUCGUAUGCUUGAUUGUUCUGUUAACAACCUCUCCCCUCCUUGCUUUGAUCUGUAGCUGUGUGCAGUGCUUAUAUUGCUUCCGCAACAUCACCACGCCUUCUGUUCCCUUUUUGUUGCUUAAUGAGAAAAAAAGAAGAAAUGAUGUUAGAUGUUAUACAAUUGUAUUUUUACUCUAUUUUUGGAAUUGGUUUGUCAGCCCUGUUUUCGGUCUAGCCUGAAUGAAUAGUCCUUGCCAUGUUGCUUGAUUGUUAUUAAACAGAAAAUCUUUAA